GAACUUCUCAAGGCAGCACGAAUCCUCAGAGGGGCAGAAGGGUAGUAAGGGAAGCCGCAGGCAGGAUGGAGCCGGGUCGAGGAGCUUCCUGUUGAGCAUCCCUAACACCUGAGUCCCCUAGUUCACACAUACUUAGGAUGGAGAUCGAGGAAAGUAGAACCUCUCGGUCCCGGACAGGGCCGGUCCCUCUGUUUCUAGAUGUCAAACCGUACCUCAGGCGAGUCCCGGGGAUCCGGCUACGGAAUUCCUAGGCGAUUGUGAACCUUCUUCGGGGACUCCCGCGUUAGGGUUCUCUCCGCGCAGAGGGGAGAGGGACAGCCUGAAGGCCCUGCUGCAGUCGGCUGGUUCCCCAGACCACGCCGCCCUCGCCCACCCCGGGUGCAGCUCAGCUCGGAGUCGCGGGCCGCUCUCCAAACCCACUCUGCGCGCGGACACCCGCCACGCCCUCGGACUCCCAGCCCUGUGACAGCCCGCUGCCCUGGGAACCGCGAGGAAAGGCAGGAGGGACUGGCGCGGAGACUAAGGUGGACGAGUUGGACUCCUGAGGGGGCCCACUCUUUUCUCCACUGGAAAAGAGACCCACGAGGACUCAACGGCGAGGCGCCAGAGGGGUGCGGAGCUGCGGCCCCAUGAGGGGCCAGAGUAGGGGAAACUGGACUCCUCUCUGCCCUCCCCAUCACGCAAGGCCCCCUUCCACGCCCUUACUCGCCGCGUCCACGCCAAGCCCAGGGCGCGCUUGCGUCCCCGCGGGGGGAGCCGGGAUCCCGCGCGCCGCGCUAUGGAAGCAGCUAACCUCUCGGUGGCCUCCACCGGCGUCGCCCUUCGCCUGGGACCCGAAGCCUUCAGCAGCAGCCCAAACCCAAGCGGGGUCGUCGGAUCGACCCCAGGAGGUGCGGCCCCGCCGGGCCGAGAACCGCCUUUCUCCGUCUUCUCGGUGCUGGUGGUGACGCUGCUGGUGCUGCUGAUCGCGGCCACGUUCCUGUGGAACCUGCUGGUCCUGGUCACCAUCCUGCGCGUCCGCGCCUUUCACCGUGUGCCGCAUAACUUGGUGGCCUCGACGGCCGUGUCGGACGCGCUAGUGGCCGCGCUGGUAAUGCCCCUGAGCCUGGUGAGCGAGCUGUCGGCUGGGCGACGGUGGCGGCUGGGCAGGCGUCUGUGCCACGUGUGGAUCUCCUUCGACGUGAUGUGCUGCACCGCCAGCAUUUGGAACGUGGCGGCCAUCGCCCUGGACCGCUACUGGACUAUCACGCGCCACCUGCAGUACACGCUGCGCGCCCGCCGCCGCGCCUCGGCGCUCAUGAUCGCGCUCACCUGGGCGCUCUCGGCGCUCAUCGCCCUCGCACCGCUGCUCUUCGGCUGGGGCGAGGCGUACGACGCUCGACUCCAGCGCUGCCAGGUGAGCCAGGAGCCCUCCUACGCCGUCUUCUCCACCUGCGGCGCCUUCUACCUGCCGCUGGGCGUGGUGCUGUUUGUCUACUGGAAGAUAUAUAAGGCGGCCAAGUUUCGCUUCGGUCGCCGCUGCAGGGCUGUGCUGCCCCUGCCCUCCGCCGUGCAGGGAAAGGAGGCCCCUCAGGAGGCUGAGAUGGCGUGCACGGCCCGCCGCCCCGCGGCGGCCUUUCCGGCGAGCGGAGCCUCGUGGCGGGAGCAGAAGGAGAAGCGGGCGGCCGUGAUGGUGGGCAUCCUCAUCGGCGUGUUCGUGCUGUGCUGGACCCCCUUCUUCCUGGCCGAGCUCAUUGGCCCCCUCUGCGCCUGCAGCCUGCCCCCCGUCUGGAAAAGCGUGUUCCUGUGGCUAGGCUACUCCAACUCUUUCUUCAAUCCCCUGAUUUACACGGCGUUUAACAAGAACUACAACAAUGCCUUCAAGAACCUUUUCACCAAGCAGAGAUAAAGCCAGGGCUUGGAGAGGGGAGGGAACUGGAAUUUCUCCCCUUCAUUUGUGAUCCGGGCCAGAGCCGUCCCACCGCUGAGUAUUGACGACAUUUGGGAACCAUAGCACUUGGGCCUGGACUACAGGAGCAGCGAAGCCAAAGGCCCUCCAGAAAGACAGCAGGUGGGUGGCAAGCGUGCAGCUAUGCCCUCUCACCAAGUGAUGCAGACAUUGCUAAUCGAUCUCAGCAUAUCUUCCCACUGAGCUGGGACUCAGCCUCAGAAUCCUUUCUGGACAGUGCAUUCGGCAGUUAUUGCUAAUUGGCCAGAAUUCAUACGAGAGUGGUAUCCCAGGUGGUGCUAGUGGUAAAGAAGCUGCCUGCCAAUGCAGGAGAUGUAACAGACAUGGGUUCAAUCCCUGCAUCGGGAAGAUCCCCUGGAGGAAGGCAUGACAACCCACUCUGGCAUUCUUGCCUGGAGAAUCCCAUGGACAGAAGAGCCUGGCGGGCUACAGUCCAUAGGGUUUCAAAGAGAUGGACAUGACUGAAGUGACUAAGCAUGCAGCAGACCAGAGUGGAAGCCAACUUGCUCUUCCUUUGUCUCCUCACCAUAUUCUCAGCACAGGGCCCAGUGACCUGCUUGGUGGCAGAAUGGGUACCUGGACCAAGUCUGCCUGAAUCUUAACAUGGGAAAAUGAAGGGAACACAACCGAAAUCUGACUGGACUCCACAUUUCAAUGUUGGUUUGCAUUUGGUACCAUGAGACCCACACAUGGUGUAGUGGUUCCACUUGUAUUUUUCUACUUGGAUUCCAGCAAGGGGCCUUAGAGGGAGAGCCUAGGUGCGGUUUGGAGGAGGGGGCAGUGAUAUUUUUAGGCUCACUGUCACUAUUGGAUAGAUGCUUUAUCAUUGUGUUCAUUUGGCCUGGGCCUUGACUUAAUGUAAGAUCAUUAUGGAAGCAUCCCAGGCAGAGGGAAUCAUUUACAUUGAGUACUUCUUAAAAGCAAGUUGUCUGCUGACUAAUUUGAUGGCAACUUCUGUUGGACCUUUCAGACUUCAACUUUUUCUUUACUUAGGCCUUCCCUGACCACUCACUAUAAUUACAAAAUGCUCAAUUUCUGAGACAGAUCAGUUCAGUUCAGUCGCUCAGUCAUGUCCGACUCUUUGCGACCCCAUGAACUGCAGCACGCCAGGCCUCCCUAUUCAUCACCAACUGCCAGAGUCUCCCCAAA